CUCCACCACAGAUUGUUUCCGACCCUUUCUCAAUCUAUGGUAACAAUCUCAAGAUGAAGACGUUCUACAACAUCUACCUCAUCUGCUCUUUCGCCGCCAUUGGCGGCGGGCUUUUUGGCUUCGAUAUCAGCUCUAUGAGUGGCGUCCUAGGCACGAAUGGAUACAAGAACUACUUUGGGAAUCCCACUGGAUACCGCCAGGGUGGGAUUACCGCGUCCAUGCCGGCAGGUUCUUUGGUCGGUGCACUCAGUUCCUCAUACAUCGCCGACAAGCUCUCCCGUCGCACUGCCAUCCAAGUCGCAUCGAUUAUCUGGAUCAUUGGCGCGAUUCUUCAAACCGCUUCCAACGGCGUAGCUCUUCUCUGCGUCGGCCGUGUCAUCGCCGGGCUUUGUGUCGGUAUAGCCUCGUCAAUUGUCCCCGUCUACCAAGCAGAAAUUGCCCCAAAGGAGAUCCGUGGCCGUGUGGUUUCUCUCCAGCAAUGGGCCAUUACCUGGGGAAUCCUGAUCCAGUACUUCAUCCAAUACGGUGCAUCCUUCGUCGACGGCGGACCCAAGGCUCCGGAUCAAGGAACUGCCGCUUUCCGUAUCCCGUGGGGUAUUCAGAUGGUCCCUGCCUUCAUCCUUUUCGUCGGAAUGUUCUUCUUCCCAUACUCCCCACGUUGGCUCGCCAGCAAGGACCGUUGGGACGAGGCUAUCCAGACACUCGCUCAUCUCCACGGUGGCGGCGACGUCAAUCAUCCAAAAGUACUCGCUGAGUACAAGGAGAUCGAGGAGGCUUUGCAAUUCGAGCGCGAACAGGCUGUGAAUAGCUACGCUGCUCUUGUCGAACCUCGCAUCCUCAAGCGUGUCAUCUUGGGAAUGUCAAUCCAGAUGUGGUCUCAGUUGUGCGGUAUGAAUAUUAUGAUGUACUAUAUUGUAUAUAUCAUGAAGGGCGCUGGAAUUGCCGACGAACUCCUCACGUCAUCCAUCCAGUACAUUAUCAACGUCACCCUCACCCUUCCGGCUAUUUUAUGGCUCGAUCGCUUUGGGCGCAGACCCUCCAUGCUGAUUGGCUCCUUCGGAAUGAUGUCCUUCUUGUUCAUCUCCGGCGCAAUCCAGGCGUCUUAUGGCAUCCACAACCCUAAUCCCGAAGACAAGGAUAUCUCUUGGGUCAUCCACGGUCACCCGUCAGCAUCUAAGGGAAUUGUGGCCUGUUCCUACCUCUUCGUGGCUACAUUCGCUACAACCUGGGGCCCAACCUCCUGGACCUACCCGUCUGAGAUCUUCCCGGCCAAAGUUCGCGCCAAAGCUGUCUCUCUCGCUACCGCUUCAAACUGGACCUGGAACUGCGCGCUCGCCUUCGCGGUUCCACCGCUUCUGUGGAAGAUCAACUGGAAGAUGUAUAUGAUCUUCGCUACUUUCAACGGUUUGGCAUUCAUCCACAUGUUCCUGACCGCACCAGAGACCAAGGGCAAGACACUCGAGGAAAUGGACGACGUUUUUGACUCCGGUCGUCCAGCUUGGAAGCCUGUGCCUAAGGGAUCUCGUCUCGACAAGUUGGCAAUAGAUAUUGAGAAGGGCGAGGUCAAGAUCAAGCAUGGUCUUGGGGACACGACUACCCAUGAGGAGGUCGUUGAGGCGAAGACUACCUAGAUCUUCAGCAAUCAUCCUCUUCACAUGCUCUAAACAAACUGGCGUUGAGAUUAUCGGUGUACAAGUGCAUAGCUAGCGGGAGGGCGGGCGGUAUUUCAUCAUUGGAGCUUCUACAUCAUGCGUGCUCGAUGUAGAAGAUAGGAAGGAGUGCGUGCAUCAUCGACGAAAGCAUGGAUAGCUUUGAAGAUUUUCUGUGUCGACAGACAGCUACAUGGAAGUACGGAUAGCGGAAUACCCGGUGUUUUCACUCUUGGAUGGACUUUAUAAAGCCAGUCUCUCUCUCUACACUCCUUCGUAGCUUCAUAGCUCAAUGGAAGUUUUUACUUUGUA